GCUCCCGCGCGCUCCGGCCCCUCCUCGGCCACACAAAGGCCCGUCUCCAUGGCAGCCGCGCGGGCCAGAGCGCAGCGCCGAUCGCGGCCCGGGCGCCAUCGAGCCUCGGCGGCGGACGUGCAGGAAGCCCUCCUGGCUGGCCUCUUCCCACUCCUCUGUGCUUAGGCUGAGUAGCAGACUUCUGGGGUGUCUGAACUCAAGAGCCCUGGAGCUUCCUGCCACGUCACUAAAGCUUGUCUUCCAGCAACUUGGAAAAGGAAGGAAAGGGUCCAUCUGUGUUCACCGUGGCCUGUGGCAGUGGUCAGGACUGGAGGCAAAGCUGGGCCCCAAAGCUAGUGGAAUAUUUUGGGGCUUGGAGGGUUUUCUGGCUUGUGCCUGCCGCGGGGAGCUCCCUCUUCCAUGUCUGACUUAAGCUGGCCCCUGUGGAGGGGUGCAGCCUGACCCGUGCCCAGAUGUUACCCUGGUAUGGCCUGGAGAUGCAGCGUGAGAGUCUGAGAGUUGAACAGCUCGUGGAGAGGCCAUCCUCUGCCCUGAGAGAAUCUUGAUGCUGGCCCAGAGCAGAGACUGAGCUGGACUACUGGAGCCUCGGGUGCCAGGGGCCAUGGCUCUGCAGCUCUGGGCCCUGACCCUCCUAGGCCUGGCGGGCACAGGUGCAGGCCUGCGGCCCCGAAAGCUGGACAUCUUCCGCAGCGACACCGAGCUGAACCACCUGGUUGUGGACGAGGCGUCGGGCGUGGUGUACCUGGGGGCGGUGAAUGCACUCUACCAGCUGAGUGCGGACCUGCAGCUGGAGCAGCAGGCGGCCACGGGCCCGGCCCUGGACAACAAGAAGUGCACACCGCCCAUCGAGCCGAGCCAGUGCCACGAGGCUGUGCAGACCGACAACGUCAACCAACUCCUGGUGCUCGACCCGCCCGGAAAGCGCCUCGUCGAGUGCGGCAGCCUCUUCAAGGGCAUCUGCGCCCUUCGCGCUCUGAGCAACAUCUCCACGCGCCUCUUCUAUGAGGACGGGAGCGGCGAGAAGUCCUUCGUGGCCAGCAACGAUGAGAGCGUGACCACGGUGGGGCUGGUGAGCGCCACGAGCCCCGGUGGAGAAAGGGUUCUGUUCGUGGGCAAAGGCAACGGGCCCCAUGACAAUGGCAUCAUCGUGAGCACCCGCCUGCUGGACCGGGCUGAGGGCAGGGAGGCCUUCGAGGCCUACACGGACCACGCCACCUACAAGGCGGGAUACCUGUCCACCAACACGCAGCAGUUCGUGGCUGCCUUUGAGGACGGCCUGUACGUGUUCUUUGUCUUCAACCAGCAGGACAAGCACCCGCCCCGUAACCGCACGCUCCUGGCCCGCAUGUGCAAGCAAGACCCCUUCUAUUACUCCUACCUGGAGAUGGACCUGGAGUGCCGUGACCCCAGCGACCCCCAGGCCCCUGCCUUUGGCACCUGCUUGGCGGCCUCUGUGGCUGUGCUGAGCUCCAGCAGGGUGCUGUAUGCCGUCUUCAGCAAGGAUGGCCGGAGCGGUGGGGGACCCCGUUCGGGCCUCUGCCUGUUCCCGCUGGACGAGGUCCAUGCCAAGAUGGAGGCCAACCGCAAUGCCUGCUACACGGGCACCCGGGAGGCGGGCCGUGACGCCUUCUACAAGCCCUUCCACGGCGACAUCCAGUGUGGCGGCCACGGGCUGGGCGCCAGUGAGAGCUUCCCGUGUGGCUCUGAGCACCUGCCUUACCCGCUGGGCAGCAGAGACGGACUCACCGCUACGGCCGUGCUGCAGCGUGGUGGCCUGAACCUGACAGCCGUCACAGUGACCGCUGAGAAUGGCCACACCAUCGCCUUCCUGGGCACCUCCGAUGGCCGGGUCCUCAAGGUGUACCUUGCCCCAGAUGGCAACUCCUCGGAGUAUGGCUCCAUCCUCGUGGAGAUCAACAAGAGAAUCAGGCGGGACCUGGUGCUGUCCCCGGACCUGGCCAGUCUGUACGCCAUGACCCAGGACAAGGUGUUCCGGUUUCCCGUGCAGGACUGUCUGAACUAUCCCACCUGCGAACAGUGCCACAGCUCACAGGACCCCUACUGCGGCUGGUGCGUCGUUGAGGGACGAUGCACCAGGAGGGCCGAGUGCUCACGGGCUGAGGAGAGCGGCCACUGGCUGUGGAGCCGGGACGAGUCCUGUGUAGCCAUCACCGGGGCCCAGCCCCAGAACAUGAGCCGACGGGCCCAGGGGGAGGUGCAGCUGACUGUCAGCCCGCUCCCAGCCCUGAGUGAGGAGGAUGAACUGCUGUGCCUCUUCGGUGACUCGCCGGCACACCCUGCCCGUGUGGAGGGGGAUGCCGUCAUCUGCAACUCCCCACGCACCAUUCCUAACACACCACCAGGCCAGGACCACGUGGCUGUAAACAUCCAGCUGUUCUUCCGACGUGGCAGCAUCUCCCUCACCUCCCACCUGUACCCCUUCUAUGACUGCCGGGAGGCCAUGAGCCUGGCGCAGAACCUGCCGUGCAUCUCCUGUGCAAGCAACCGCUGGACCUGCCAGUGGGACCUGCGAUACCACGAGUGUCGGGAGGCUUCCCCCAACCCGGAGGAUGGCAUUGUCCGCGCCCACAUGGAGGACAGCUGCCCCCAGUUCCUGAACCCCAGCCCACUGGUCAUCCCCAUGAACCACGAGACGGACAUCACCUUCCAGGGCAAGAACCUGGACACGGUGAAGGGCUCCUCUUUGCACGUGGGCAGUGACCUGCUCAAGUUUGAGGAGCCAGUGAGCACACAGGAACCGGGAACCUUCUUCUUUCGGACCCCAAAGCUGUCCCAUGACGCCAACGAGACAUUGCCUUUGCACCUGUACGUCAAGUCCUAUGACAAGAACGUCGACAGCAAGCUCCAAGUGACCCUCUACAACUGCUCCUUUGGCCGUAGCGACUGCAGCCUGUGCCUGGCGGCUGACCCCGCGUACAAGUGCGUGUGGUGUGCGGGGCAGAGCGGGUGUGUGUACGAGGCGCUUUGCAGCAACACCACCUCCGAGUGCCCGCCACCCGUCAUCACCAGGAUCCAUCCCGAGACGGGCCCGCUGGGCGGGGGCAUUCGAAUCACCAUCGUUGGGUCCAAUUUGGGGGUCAGAGCAGAGGACGUCAGGGGCGUCACCGUGGCGGGCCAGAACUGCGUCUUUGAGCCAGAGCGCUAUUCCGUGUCCACCCGGAUCGUGUGCGCUGUUGAGGCUGCCGAGGGGCCCAUCACAGGGGGGAUCGUGGUGGACGUCAAUGGGAAGCUGGGUCACUCACCACCCCACGUGCAGUUCACCUACCAGCAACCCCAGCCCCUCAGCGUGGAACCAAAGCAGGGGCCACAGGCAGGCGGCACCACGCUGACCAUCAAUGGCGCCCACCUGGACACAGGCUCUGAGGAAGACGUGCGGGUGACCCUCAAUGACGUCCCUUGUAAAGUGACGCAGUUUGGGGCCCAGCUCCAGUGUGUCACUGGCCCGCAGCCGGUUCUGGGGGAGCUGCCCCUGGAGAUUUACUACGGGGGCUCCCGGGUGCCCAGCCCUGGUGUUGUCUUCACCUACCGCGAGAACCCAGUGCUGCGGGCCUUCGAACCGCUGCGAAGCUUUGUCAGUGGUGGCCGUAGCAUCAACAUCACGGGGCAGGGCUUCAGCCUGAUUCAGAGAUUCGCCAUGGUGGUCAUAGCAGAGCCUCUGCAGUCCUGGCAGCGGCGGCGGGAGGCUGGACCUCUGCGGCCCGUGACGGUCGUGGGCACGGAGUACGUAUUCUAUAACGACUCCAAGGUCGUGUUCUCGUCCCCGGCGGUCCCUGAGGAGCCCGAAGCCUACAAUCUCACGGCACUCAUACAGAUGGACGGGCACCGGGCCCUGCUCAGGACCGAGGCCGGUGCCUUUGAGUACGUGGCCGACCCCACCUUUGAGAACUUCACGGGGGGUGUCAAGAAGCAGGUCAACAAGCUCAUCCAUGCCCGGGGCACCAAUCUGAACAAGGCAAUGACGCUUCACGAGGCCGAGGCCUUUGUGGGCGCUGAGCGCUGCGUCAUGAAGACGCUGACCGAGACGGACCUGUACUGCGAGCCUCCGGAGGUCCAGCCCCCCCCGAAGCGGCGGCAGAAGCGGGACACGACCCAUAACCUGCCUGAGUUCAUUGUGAAGUUUGGCUCCCGAGAGUGGGUGCUGGGCCGCGUGGAGUACGACACGCGGGUGAGCGACGUGCCUCUCAGCCUCAUCCUGCCGCUGGUCAUCGUGCCCAUGGUGGUGGUCAUCGCUGUGUCUGUCUACUGCUACUGGAGGAAGAGCCAACAGGCAGAGCGUGAAUACGAGAAGAUCAAGUCCCAGCUGGAGGGCUUGGAGGAGAGCGUGCGCGACCGUUGCAAGAAGGAGUUCACAGACCUGAUGAUCGAGAUGGAGGACCAGACCAACGACGUGCACGAGGCGGGCAUCCCCGUGCUGGACUACAAGACCUACACCGACCGCGUCUUCUUCCUGCCCUCCAAGGACGGCAACAAGGAUGUGAUGAUCACAGGCAGGCUGGACAUCCCGGAGUCGCGGCGGCCUGUGGUGGAACAGGCGCUGUACCAGUUCUCCAACCUGCUCAACAGCAAGUCCUUCCUGGUCACCUUCAUCCACACGCUGGAGAGCCAGCGCGAGUUCUCAGCCCGUGCCAAGGUCUACUUUGCGUCCCUGCUGACGGUGGCGCUGCACGGGAAGCUGGAGUAUUACACGGACAUCAUGCGCACACUCUUCCUGGAGCUCAUGGAGCAGUACGUGGUGGCCAAGAACCCCAAGCUGAUGCUUCGCAGGUCUGAGACAGUGGUAGAAAGGAUGCUGUCCAAUUGGAUGUCCAUCUGCUUGUACCAGUACCUCAAGGACAGUGCGGGCGAGCCUCUAUAUAAGCUUUUCAAGGCCAUCAAGCAUCAGGUGGAGAAGGGGCCAGUAGACGCUGUGCAGAAGAAGGCCAAAUACACCCUCAACGACACGGGGCUGCUGGGGGAUGACGUGGAGUAUGCGCCCCUGACGGUGAGCGUGAUUGUCCAGGAUGAAGGGGCCGACGCCGUCCCAGUCAAGGUCCUCAACUGCGACACCAUCUCCCAGGUCAAGGAAAAGAUCAUUGACCAGGUGUACCGUACGCAGCCGUGCUCCCGCUGGCCUAAGGCUGACAGCGUGGUCCUUGAGUGGCGUCCUGGGUCAACAGCCCAGAUCCUGUCAGACCUGGACCUGACCUCUCAGCGGGAGGGCCGGUGGAAACGCAUCAACACCCUGAUGCAUUACAACGUCCGCGACGGAGCCACUCUCAUCCUGUCCACGGUGGGAGUCUCCCAACAGCCAGAGGACAGCCAGCCGGACCUGCCUGGGGAGCGCCACGCCCUCCUGGAGGAGGAGAACCGUGUGUGGCACCUGGUGCGGCCGACGGACGAGGUGGACGAGGGCAGGUCCAAGCGGGGCAGCGUGAAGGAGAAGGAGCGCACCAAGGCCAUCACGGAGAUCUACUUGACCCGCCUGCUCUCCGUCAAGGGCACGCUGCAGCAGUUCGUGGACAACUUCUUCCAGAGCGUGCUGGCGCCCGGGCACGCGGUGCCGCCGGCCGUGAAGUAUUUCUUCGACUUCCUGGACGAGCAGGCGGAGAAGCACGACAUUAAGGACGAGGACACCAUCCACAUCUGGAAGACCAACAGUUUACCGCUGCGGUUCUGGGUGAACAUCCUCAAGAACCCCCAUUUCAUCUUCGACGUGCACGUUCACGAGGUGGUGGACGCCUCCCUGUCAGUCAUCGCGCAGACCUUCAUGGACGCCUGCACGCGCACGGAGCACAAGCUGAGCCGCGACUCUCCCAGCAACAAGCUGCUCUAUGCCAAGGAGAUCUCCACGUACAAGAAGAUGGUGGAGGAUUAUUACAAGGGGAUCAGACAGACAGUGCAGGUCAGCGACCAGGAUAUGAACACACACUUGGCAGAGAUCUCCCGGGCACACACAGACUCCCUCAACACCCUCGUGGCCCUGCACCAGCUCUACCAGUACACACAGAAGUACUAUGACGAGAUCAUCAACGCCCUGGAGGAGGAUCCCGCCGCCCAGAAGAUGCAGCUGGCCUUCCGCCUCCAGCAGAUCGCGGCUGCGCUCGAGAACAAAGUCACAGACCUCUGACCUCUGCCGCCACUGUCUCCGGGCACAGGUGUGUGACACCCCGUGUCAGGCAUGGGGCGGCCCCUGGAACUUGAGGCCACAGUGGUGAGGCCCUUACCUUUCACCAGCAAAGGAAGAGCCCCCGGGCGUCCGCGUGUGGCUGCCCGCGGGAGCCCUCGCCUUGGUGCCUGGCGUCUGUAGCCUCUUUCUCCUGAGCAAUAGCGCCAGGUGCCCGCCAGCACCAGCCCCUCCAGUAGAACCAGCGUCAGAUGUCUGUCACACCUCCAGAGUGAUUCGCGAAUGUGCCUUACGCCCCUGGCGCUGCGCUGGGUCGCUGGGGGCCGUUGGGCCUCAGCUCCCCGUCCCUGAGCACCAGCAGCCGCCUCAGAUAUCUGGGUUUGGCCUCUUCGGGUGGGGGGUGAGUUCCUGCAGCCCCCAGGGCCUAGCGCCCAGACUGUGUCUGUCUGCCCCACCGGGACGGGAGGAGUAAAGCGGUACGAUGCCUUCCUGACCUCACCUGGCCUGCCCUGUGGGGCGCUGGCACUCUGGGUGGACUCUAAGCCACGGGCCCCACCUCUAAGGUCAAACUGGACGUCAGACGUCGAGGCCCAGGUGGCCAGAGGGACCGCAGCAGACAGGGGUCCUGGUUUGCGCCUGUCAGACAGGCUGUCCUGAAGGCCCAGGUCUGAGGGGUCCGAGCAGCUCUGCCAGGACCACUCUCACCCCCACCCCCUUUUGUAAAUCUUGUUAAUUGUAAAUCAAAUACAGCUGUCUUUUUCACUCUG